UCCCUGUGCUUUGAGCUCCUCAGCCCGCGCUCUCUGAACUCCCCCCGCUCCUCGCAGACCGUUUGCCUGUUUUCCCAACUUCUCUCCCUGCUCCUGUUUCAUUCCCUCUCUCACAGAGCCCCAAAAGGGUGUGAACUUUGGAAUGGGGUCUGUGAGCCGCCUGCGGACUCGGUGCAUGUGUGAGACUGUUGCUGACUAACAGGAGGACUGGUCGGUCGCUGCGGGCAGCCCUUGUGUCUGGCUGCAGGGCUCCAGCCUUGCCUGGGCCCUUCACCAUGUUCCUCCUGCUCCCCUUUGACAGCCUGGUUGUUAAUCUCCUGGGGAUUUCCAUAACUGUCCUCUUCACUCUGCUCCUGGUUUUCAUCAUUGUGCCAGCAAUUUUUGGAGUCUCCUUUGGCAUCCGCAAGGUUUACAUGAAAACUUUGUUAAAGAUUUUCCAGUGGGCAACGCUGAGAAUAGAGCGUGGUGCCAAGGAGAAGAACCAUCCGUUAUACAAGCCCUAUGUCAAUGGUAUCAUUGCAAAGGAGCCAACAUCACUGGAAGAGGAGAUCAAGGAGAUCCGCCGGAGCGGCAGCGGCAAAUCCCUGGAUACCCCUGAGUUUGAGCUGUCAGAUAUCUUCUACUUCUGCCGCAAAGGCAUCGAGACCAUCAUGGAUGAUGAAGUGACCAAAAGGUUCUCCGCUGAAGAGCUGGAGUCCUGGAAUCUGCUCAGCAGGACCAACUACAACUUCCAGUACAUCAGCCUGCGCCUCACUGUGCUCUGGGGACUGGGUGUGCUGAUCCGCUACUGCUUCCUUCUGCCCCUCAGGAUAGCCCUGGCGUUCACUGGCAUCAGCUUGUUGGUGACUGGUACUACAGUGGUGGGAUAUUUGCCAAAUGGAAGGUGUAAGGAGUUCCUGAGCAAGCAUGUCCACCUGAUGUGUUACCGGAUCUGUGUGCGUGCCCUCACAGCCAUCAUCACCUACCACGACCGAGAAAACAGACCCCGAAACGGAGGCAUCUGCGUGGCCAACCACACAUCUCCCAUCGACGUGAUCAUCCUGGCCAGCGACGGCUACUACGCCAUGGUGGGUCAGAUCCACGGGGGGCUCAUGGGUGUGAUACAGAGAGCCAUGGUGAAGGCUUGUCCCCACGUCUGGUUUGAGCGCUCGGAGGUCAAGGAUCGUCACCUCGUCGCAAAAAGGCUCACAGAGCACGUCCAGGACAAGAGCAAGCUGCCUAUCCUUAUCUUCCCAGAAGGAACCUGCAUCAACAACACGUCGGUGAUGAUGUUCAAAAAGGGGAGCUUUGAGAUUGGAGCCACCGUUUACCCUGUAGCCAUCAAGUAUGACCCGCAGUUUGGAGAUGCCUUUUGGAACAGCAGCAAGUACGGCAUGGUGACCUACCUCCUGAGGAUGAUGACCAGCUGGGCCAUCGUCUGCAGUGUCUGGUACUUGCCUCCAAUGACCAGGCAGCCUGAAGAGGACGCCGUCCAGUUUGCCAACCGAGUGAAGUCAGCCAUUGCCAGGCAGGGGGGCCUCGUGGAUCUGCUCUGGGAUGGAGGACUGAAGAGGGAGAAGGUGAAAGACACAUUCAAGGAGGAGCAGCAGAAGCUCUACAGCAAAAUGAUUGUGGGCAACCACGAAGACCGGAGCCGUUCCUGAGCCCUCUGCCCCCAGCACUGCUCCUGGGCUCCAGAGCCCUCUGCCUCCAGCAUGAGCCAGGGCUCGUCUGAAGCAGCUCCGGAUCUCUGGACUUUGGCUACUGCAGAGCUGCUUGGACUUGCUCCUUCGGCCUCUGGCUGUUCUCUCCCAGAGGCACUGUUAUUACUGCCUAGAGCCUUCAGGCCCUGGGCAGCUCGUGGCAAAGAUGCCUUCUUGUUACUGUUACGGUGAAGCCCCUUGCGGGGGCAAUAUUAAAUGAAACACUUCUGGUGUCG